AUGUUCAAGCGUAACCAAAGGCUUUCACUUUGUAUGAGACUUAAAAACUAUCAACAAAUUGGUGGUGGAACUAUCAAUUAUUGUUACUCUACUGAUUUGAAGAGUAAGGUUUUAACUGUGUACAUGUUUACAGGUCAGGGAUCACAACAUUCAAGAAUGUUUUCCGAUAUAGAUUCAAUUCAUCCUUUGAUGAAAACAAAAACAUGUCAAUCUAUUUUUUUCAAUGGAACUGAAAGUGAUGAGGAAAUUAUGAACAGUUUUAGGGAUUUCUCUUUUCCUGUAUUAAGAAAUUUGAAUGUUGAAAAUAUUGAAAAUCCACCUACAAGCUUGGCCCAACCUUUAAUUUUAAUACAAUCUAUUUUACUUUUUGAAAGGUAUAGAGAAUUACUUUCUAAAACUAGUAGGAAUGAAGAAAUAGCUUGUAUGCUUGGACAUUCUUUAGGAGAAUUUACAGCUUUAGCAGCUUGUGGAGGCGUUUCUAUUGAAGAGGCUAUUAAACUUGUUAACGUUAGAGGAAAAUCAAUGGAAAGAAACAUUACAAAGGAACAAGAAACUGAUAUGGGUAUGAGAGCAAUAAUUAAUAUUCCUUUACAAUUAAUGAGUGAUAUUGAGAAAUACUUUACAUCCACUAAUCAGAAAGAAUCUCUAUGUCCUUGUUGUGACAUGGCUAAUAUUAAUACACCUCAACAGGUUGUUUUGAGUGGACUCAAAUCGGAUAUGGAUAGACAAAUUUCAAUGUGGCAAGAAAAUUAUAAAUGUAAACUAAGAGCCAUUCCACUAAAUGUACACUUGCCAUUCCACUCAAAGUAUCUAGAACCUGUUUCUAUUGAUAUUUCUAAUGCAUAUGAUGAAAUUGAUACUGGAAAUAUUGUAAGAAAAUUACAACAUCCAAUAGUUGCCAAUACCAAUGCCAAAUUUGUAAAUACCUUUGCAGAAAUUAAAGCAUUAUCCAUCCAUCAAGUACACAAACCAGUUUUGUGGAACAUGUCCAUUCAAUCUAUUAUUGAACAUGUUAGGCGGGAAUACCAUACAAAAGACACAACACCAACAACUCUCAGAUUCAUUGAAUUUGGACCACAGAAAAAACUUGAACCCAUGAUAAGCAAAUGUUGCAGUGGAGGAAAUGGUUUGAACAUUGAAAGUUUAUCCUUCAAUACUUUGUCAGAUGUUAAUAAUUAUUUUCAAUAA